GGCGGGCGGGAGCGGCACCCGCGGGUGCGAUGGCGCAGCAGCGCCGUGUCCCGCUGUCCACGCAGCGCCCCGGCAGCGCCGUGUGCGUGCUGGGCACCGAGCUGGCCCUGGACGUGUGCGGCUCGGCCCCGCUUGGCGCCGCCUCGUUCCAGGCGCAGGGCUCCCAGGGGGUGAAGCUGUGGGUGCUGCACGACACCCAGAGCGUGAAGCUGCCCUCGAGCGUCUGCCGAUGGCCCCUGAGCGCCCGGCCCGAGCUGCUGCUGGCCAUGGAGCGCCCCAGCAAGGAGCCGGGGGACGAGAAGGUCAGGGUUUCCUAUUUCCGUGAGGACGGAGGGGUUCCCGUGGGCCGGGCCGUGCUCUACCUCACCUGCGUGGAGGUGUCACUGGACGCUGAUGUCACCCGCAGCGGGGCCGUGAGCCGGACACUGCUGGACAAGGCCAGCUGGACGUGGGGCCCCGAUGGCCACGGCGCCGUGCUCCUCGUCAACUGCGACCGCGACGACCCCGGCACCAAGGGCCUGGACAACGAGGACGCCGUCGUGCGCUCCUACGAAGACCUGCAGGACAUGGCGCAGCUGGUGCUGAGGACGCGCGGGCCCCGCGCCACCUUCGCCGGGCACCGCCUGCUGCUGCACCUCGACUGCGCCGACGCCGACAGGAUCAGGGUGUUCUACGGGGGCAACAACGUGGAGCUGGAGAGGUUCAAGCCCGUCCUGGGGGGCUCCGAGCUGUCCUACACCGUGCGGCCCAGCCGGCACCAGCACGAGAGCGUCUUCUACGUGGAGGGCCUGGCCUUCCCCGACGUGGGCUUCUCGGGGCUCGUGUCCCUGCACGUCACCCUGCUCGAGAGCGCUGAGAAGGGCCCCCUGGAGUCUCCGAUCUUCACGGACACCGUGGUGUUCCGCGUGGCUCCCUGGAUCAUGACGCCCAACACGGCGGCGCCGCUCGAGGUCUUUGUCUGCAGGGGUCUGCAGGUUCUCCCAACCCUUCCACCACCGCCCGCUCCAGAACCCCGAUUUCCGUUUUUCCCACGUGACACACAGAUUGUGGUCGCCGUGGCGCGCUGGGAGGGUGCGGAUGAGAUCGAGUUCGGCUACAUCAGGCGCCCACAGGACCCUGCCGUGGUCUUGCCCUCGGCCCGCCCCGGGCGGCCUGAGGAUUUUUCCCCGUCACGGAGCACCUGUCCCACCGCUCAGGGCGCCGAUUUUGGCUACGUGGCCCGGCAGGCUCCAAAGGGCUGGGUUUCCAGCCUGGAUUCCUUCGGGAAUUUGGAGGUGAGCCCGCCCGUGACGGUGCAGGGCAAGGAGUAUCCCUUGGGGCGCAUCCUGAUCGGCAGCAGCUUCCCCAGGGUGGGCGGCCGCAGGAUGGCCAAGGCCGUGCGGGAUUUCCUGGUGGCCCAGAAGGUGCAGGCGCCCGUGGAGCUCUUCUCGGACUGGCUCUACGUCGGGCACGUGGAUGAGUUCCUGACCUUCGUCCCUGCUCCCGACCGGAAGGGAUUCCGGCUGCUCCUGGCCAGCCCCAGCGCCUGCUACCAGCUGCUGAAGGAGAAGCAGGAGGAGGGGUUCGGCGAGGCCGCCAUGUUCCAGGGGCUGGACAGGGUGUCCAAGCCGACCAUAAACGAGAUCCUGGCUGACGAGGAGCUCCGCAAGUUCAAUGACUACGCCCAGAGCUGCAUCAGUUGGAACCGGGACAUCCUGAAGCGCUCGCUGGGCCUGGCCGAGCCCGACAUCCUGGACAUCCCGCAGCUCUUCCGGAGCCACAGCAACGCGGGGGCCGAGGCCGAGGCCGAGGCCUUCUUCCCGGACAUGGUGAACAUGCUGGUGCUGGGCCGGCACCUGGGCAUCCCCAAACCCUUCGGGCCCGUGGUGGGCGGGCGCUGCUGCCUGGAGCAGCGCGUGCGGGAGCUGCUGGAGCCGCUGGGCCUCUCCUGCACCUUCAUCGACGACUUCUUCUCCUACCACGUCGGGCAGGGCGAGGUGCACUGCGGCACCAACGUGCGCCGCAAGCCCUUCGCCUUCAAGUGGUGGCACGUGGUGCCCUGAGGCGGCUCCGUGUCCCCUGCGUGUCCCCUCCUGCCCCAGUCCCUGCCCCGUCCCUGCCAAGUGCCUUUGGUGGCGGAAAUAAAUCCAAAUCUGGGCUGUGGGGGCUCUGUGGGGCUGCCCUGGCACUGGGAGAA